CGAGUGAGCUCACCAAGGUCCGGAGAAGCCGCAGGCCAGGUUCGCGUCGACGCGGCACGCGCCGUCCUCCCGUUCGUCGCGCGGCGCCACGACGCGCACGCGCCGAGCUAAACCGAGCACCACGCGUCCGCGCGGCGGCUCCCACGCACCCGCCCCCCGCCACUCCGCCGAACACCGCCCCGGCUCGGGUCGCUCGCCGCCUAACCUUCUGCUCUGCUCCGCUGCGUGCACCCGUUCCCACCACCCUGCACGCCAUGGCCGCGGCCAUCCUCCGCCGCCUCACCACCCUCACCCCCGCCGCCGCCGCCAGCGCGCGCGUGGCGCCGCGGCCGCUACUGCCGCUGCUCGCGCGCGGGGUCUCCGACUCCACGGACGCGAUCACCGUGGAGACCUCGGUGCCCUUCAAGUCCCACAUCGUGGACCCGCCGUCCCGCUCCGCCACCACCUCCGCGCGCGAGCUCCUCUCCUUCUUCCGCGACAUGGCCCUCAUGCGCCGCUCCGAGAUCGCAGCGGACUCCCUCUACAAGGCCAAGCUCAUCCGCGGCUUCUGCCACCUCUACGACGGGCAGGAGGCCGUCGCCGUCGGCAUGGAGGCCGCCAUCACCCGCGCCGACGCCAUCAUCACCGCCUACCGCGACCACUGCCUCUACCUCGCGCGCGGCGGGGACCUCGUCGCCGCCUUCGCCGAGCUCAUGGGCCGCCGGGACGGCUGCUCCAGGGGCAAGGGGGGGUCCAUGCACUUCUACAAGCGGGACGCCAACUUCUUCGGCGGGCACGGCAUCGUCGGCGCGCAGGUGCCGCUCGGGUGCGGCAUCGCCUUCGCGCAGAGGUACAGGAAGGAGGGCACCGUCACCUUCGACCUCUACGGCGACGGCGCCGCCAACCAGGGCCAGCUCUUCGAGGCGCUCAACAUGGCAGCGCUCUGGAAGCUGCCUGUCAUAUUGGUCUGCGAGAACAACCACUAUGGGAUGGGGACUGCAGAAUGGAGGGCAUCCAAGAGCCCUGCUUACUACAAGCGCGGGGACUAUGUGCCUGGAUUAAAGGUCGAUGGAAUGGAUGUUCUUGCUGUGAAGCAAGCUUGCAAAUUUGCCAAAGAUCAUGUCCUUGAAAAUGGACCGAUUAUUCUUGAGAUGGACACCUAUAGAUACCACGGGCACUCUAUGUCAGAUCCUGGUAGCAGCUACCGCACCAGGGAUGAGAUUGCAGGGAUAAGACAGGAGCGUGAUCCAAUCGAAAGGGUUAGGAAGCUCAUAUUGGCCCAUGACUUCGCAACAGCCCAAGAGCUAAAGGACAUGGAAAAGGAGAUAAGGAAGCAAGUUGAUGCAGCCAUUGCUAAAGCAAAGGAGAGUCCAAUGCCCGAUCCGUCCGAGCUCUUCACAAACGUUUAUGUCAACGACUGUGGUUUGGAGUCCUUUGGGGUGGACAGGAAGGUGGUGAGGACCGUUCUUCCGUAGGCUGGCAAAUAAGGACAGUUUCAGUACUAAUACGCAUGGACAUAUGGUGCCUACCGAGGAUAGCUGCACUACCAGCCGAAUACAGGCGAAGGGAUCCUCAGCGUUGCUUCUUCUGCUUCGAAAUAAGCUUGUACAGAUGCAUACGACUGCUUGCUGGAUUCUGGUUUCUGCAUCACGCAGCAGUGGUCCUUCCCUUUUGGACCCCUGUUUACAAUUUCCUCUGGCCGUUGAGUUGUCACAAUGUGCAGCUGAAACCUUCUCGUGUGUGAUGCAGAUGCAACAUCUUCUGCCUGAUGUAUUG